AUGCGGCGUCGUCGUGUCUUGCUACUCUUACUGUCGACAACGACAUUCCUUUUCGUCUCUGCACAACAGGACGAUCAGAAGGCGGGUGUCGUAGAAGUUCAGACGAAACUUGGAACCGUUCGAGGAACAGAAACGGAUCAUGGAAAUAAAAGAGUUCGAUCUUUUUUGGGAGUCCCAUUCGCCGAACCUCCAAUCAACGAACACCGAUUCAAAAAGCCAACACCAAAAAGGCCGUGGAAUGCAACACUAUCAGCGAAUACUCUAUCGCCGGCAUGUUUUCAGGGACGAGAUUCUUACGAUUCCUCAUUUUGGGGAAGUGAAAUGUGGAAUGCGAACACUCCAGUCAGUGAGGAUUGCCUCUAUGUGAAUAUAUGGGCACCCGCAGAUGCUUACAAUCUCACUGUUCUUGUAUGGCUGUUCGGUGGUGGCUUCUGGUAUGGAUCUCCUUCUCUCCUACUAUACGACGGAAAGGAAUUGGCAACAAGGGGAAAUGUGAUCGUAGUCAACAUAAAUUAUCGUGUUGGACCCUUCGGAUACUUAUAUUUGGAUCAUGACGACGUACCUGGAAACAUGGGAAUGUUGGAUCAACAGUUGGCUUUAUACUGGAUAAGAGAUCACAUCUUCUCUUUCGGUGGUAAUCCAUCGAGGAUAUCAUUAGUGGGAGAGUCAGCUGGAGCAGCUUCAAUUGUGGCUCAUUUGAUAGCUCCUGCAUCGAAAGGAUUAUUCCAAAAUGGAAUCCUUCAAUCGGGAUCUCUCGAUAAUAAAUGGUCGAUGGAUUCUCCGAAACGAGCAAAACAAAAGUCAGUAGCACUUGCCAAUCUUGUUGGAUGUAAUCAGACAAAGAUCACAGAUCAAACAGAAUGUCUUCGAAAUACUCCAGCUCAAUUAUUGAUAGAUAAUAUCUGGAGUGUUGGACUGAAUUUCCUAGAAUUUCCAUUUGCAAUUGUAUCGAAAGAUCGAAAUUUCUUCAAACAUCUGGAUGGAUUCAUUGCUCUCCGAGAGGGAACAUACUCGAAUGAUGUCAAUUUGAUGUUCGGAAUCAAUCACGACGAAGGAAAUUUCUGGAAUAUUUAUAAUCUGGCAAAGUUCUUCGAUAAGCAAACAGUAAAACCACAGCUAGAUCGAGACGAAUUCCACGAAUGUGUGGAAACUGCAUUUGCAGCUCAACCAGAAUUAGUUCGGACAGCAGCGAAAUAUGUGUAUUCGGAUCCGAAGUGUACAGAUCCAAAGAAGAAAACUGACUUCUAUACGGAACAAGUGAAUCAGAUGGUUGGAGAUUAUUUCUUCACUUGUGACAGCAUCUGGUUUGCACAUAAUUAUCCGAAAGUGGCAGGGAAUCGGUCGAAUGUAUUCGUUUAUUACUUUGAUCAACCAUCCAGUGCAAACCCGUGGCCGAAAUGGACAGGAGUCAUGCAUGGAUAUGAAAUCGAAUACGUCUUUGGAGUGCCUCUUCACAAUAAAUCCGCAGGUUACACGAAAGAAGAAAUGGAUGUAUCCGAAAAAGUCAUCGAUUUCUGGACCACGUUCGCCAAUACAGGAACUCCCUCACUGAGAAAACGAUCAGUAGGAACCACUCAUAAGAUCCAGUGGGAUCGGUACGAUGGUACUGAUCACACGACGUGGAUGAACAUAAAAGCAGGAUCAUUCCGAAUGAUUCAGGAGAUCAAAAAAGUAGAAUGUGAUCUGUGGAGAAAUGCGAAAGAUAUGGAAUACUCUGCAUACAAAGAAGAACUCGCCACAACAUCAUCUUCUCCACUAACCCGUUACACGAUAAUCUUGAUUCUUCUAUCCGGGAUUUUGUUUUUCUAA